UGCGAAGAAGCAAUCAUUCCUCGCUUUUUCCUGCUUAACUAUCCUCUCAAUAUAUCUCCACGGCGAUGGGGAGCGGCUGGAAGCUGGAGGGAAAGGUAGUGAUGGUCACCGGCGCCUCCUCCGGCAUUGGCCGCGACCUCUGUCUCAGCCUUGCCAGCGCAGGCUGUCGCGUCGUGGCGGCCGCGCGGCGAGCCGACCGCCUCAAGACCCUCUGCGAGGAUAUCACCGCGUUACGACCAGGAAACCCGACUGCCGCCGCGGCGGUAGUUCUGGAUAUUAGCGGCGGGGAGGCGGUCGUCGCGGCCGCUGUGCGCAGGGCGUGGGACGCGUUCGGGCGGAUCGAUGGGUUGGUCAACAACGCCGGAAUUCGAGGAGGUGUGCAUGCAUCGCUAGAUUGGCCAAAGGAGGAAUGGGACGACAUCAUCAGAACCAAUCUGACUGGAACAUGGUUAGUUUCCAAACACGUGUGCAGGCUGAUGCGCGACGCCAAGGUCAACGGAUCCGUCAUCAACGUUUCAUCCAUUGCCGGACUCCUUGGCUCUCGCACUCCGGGAGCGAUCGCUUACGAUGCUUCCAAAACAGCAGUUCAUGCACUCACUCAGGCAAUGGCAUUGGACGUGGGUGCUUAUAAUAUUCGAGUGAAUGCGAUCGCGCCUGGACUGUUCAAAUCGGAGAUAACAGCUUCCCUAAUGGAGAUGCCAUGGCUUAGUGCAUUGACAAAGAAAUUAGUUCCAUUGAAAACACUCGGCACCACAGAUCCAGCAAUAACCAUGCUCGUGCAAUAUCUGCUUCACGAUUCGUCCGAGUACAUCUCGGCCAAUGUUUUCAUCGUCGAUGCAGGGACCAGUCUCACAGGGGUCCCUCUCUAUUCCUCGCUCUAAUUAAUACUCCAUAGUCGAUAUGCUAUGCAUGAUAUGCUUGCCAAUAUUCGUCCCUCUUCUUCUCCUCCUC